UGCCAAGAGGAGAAGGUCUGGGAGGCACGAAGGAAAGGCUGGGGAAGAUCACAGCCAGGACAAAGAAAAUAUAUCUAGGCUGCACUUUGCAGGCACGAUGAAAAGCUUUCUUUCCUUUCCAGUCCUUGCAGUCCUUCUACUGGUGCACAGCUCCCAGGCAGUCUACGUUCAGGACGGAGACUUGAGAUUCUCCCUUGAGUCUGUGAAGAAGCUAAAGGAGCUGAUGGAUGAGAACAAGCACAUCAACCCUCGCAUGGUGGUUUCAAAGGCCAGCUACUCUCCAUGUGAUGAAAAAGAUCUCCCUAGGGAGUUCCAGCCUGUCUGCAAAAGAGAAGAUGCACUCAAGGUUUUUGAGAGGCUGAACGAGGCUGUUCACGAGGCUGAUCUGUGUGAGAUCUGCGCCAACGCUGCCUGCGCCGGCUGCUUCUGAGGGAGGAUGAAACAACCCAGGGAAGAUGCCUCAAGCUGGGACGUUUGUGCUUUCACGUUGCAAGAUCACGUACUUUCACAAAUCAAUAUUUGGGCUCCAUCUCCACUACGGCCAAACCGGAGCUGCCAGCUCAUGUAGACAUAGCAGGGGCAGUCCUGGAGGAGUCGGAUCAGGUGCCAGGGCAGGGCAGUUCUGGCAGCAAGGAGGCUGCAAACCUUGUGUGAGCGGGGUCACUCUGGAGUGAAAAUGCACCAGGCACAGUUCCAUUUACUGCUAUUAUGACUAGAUGGGAGCAGGGCGGGUGAAGCUGUCUCCUGCAGCCUUUUUAGUAUCUAAAUCUGCCUGUGAUUUGGCCUCCCCCACCCCUGACGCCCAGCAGUGCUGGGUUGUCCUCUUCUCCAGCCCCACUCUCUGCACUGUGUUGGACAACCCCCUCUACUCGUAGGUCUGCCCGUGAGAUGGGUGUUUGUAACAGAACUGCAGCAAGUGACUUGGGGUCAAGUUACUGGUGUUUUAGCAACACUUUUCCCAGCCAAAACAAUUCUCAGUCUUACUUGUGUGAAUUGUUGCCACCUUAGGGAACAGAUGUAGAGGAGCACAGGAACACUUUGUCCGUAGCUGUGUGGAAGCUCCCUUCUUGUGACAGAUACUCGUGUUCAUCAAGCUCUGUUCAGGAGAAGGGAAGUCCAAACUGCAAUGCUGGAACCCCUUUGAAAUGGAGACCUUGCCCUGCCAUUUUAUUUAUUGGUGAAAAGAUUGUGAAGGAAGGAUCUGCCCAUGUUUAUAUGCUGUAAAUGAAAUAAAAGCUCGUAAUGCA